AUGUGCAGAGGAACCGUGGACGACGGCAGCCUCCUCCGCCCGCACCUCCGGCGGCAGCGGCUCGUGGUCCGCGCCUUCUACCUCCGCAUGUCCUCCACAUCCUGCACCUCCACGCCGCACCCGCCCGAGGAGCUCACGCUCGUCUACCACCCGGCCAUCGGCGGCGCGGCGCUGGAGCUCGCCGGCCGCGCGCUCCCGCCGGCGUCUGCCGUUCACGUGCCCCUCCUGCGCGUCCGCGGCGACGCGGGCAAGGCCAAGGAGGAGGUGGCGUACGCCAGCGCCGACCGCGUCUCGGCGGCCGAGGGCGCGCGGUUCGCGGUGUUCGCGCCGGGCAAGGAGCUGAUCGCGGAGGGCGUGUUCUUGCGGGGACCUGGAGGGUGGCGCGUGGAGUGCCGCCGCGCGCUGGCGUCAAGGGCGCGGGUGGCGGAGGUGGUGGUACUCGCGGAGGGCGGCGUGCUGGUCAGGGCCAGGGCGAAGGCGUCGGUCGGGUGCCUGACCAGGCUCGAGGGGAUACCGGAGGAGGAGCCGUGCGGGUGCGGGGCAUGCGGGGAGGAGGAGUGGGAGGUGGUCGACGACGACGGCAGCGACAGCGGUGACGAUGAGUGCUGGAAGGCGCGCGAGGAGGCGGCGGAGGUGGAGACGGUGCGGUGGGCGCUGGAGAUGGGCGCGUGGGCGGUGUGCGUCGGCGUCGGCCUGCUCGCCACCGCACGCCGGUUCAGCCGGAAGCGGGCGCUCCGAUGA